AUGGACGACGACAGAGACUACCGCGACGACCGUCGCGACGAGGCGUCGGACCGUGGACGCCGGAGCCUGAGCCGGAGUGAUGCCGGCGCGGACCGCGAGCACCGCGAGCAUCGCGACAAUGGCCACGGCCACAGCCGUAGGCGCGACGACGACCGCGAUGAUGACCGUGGACAUGGCCGGGGCAGACAUGAACGUCAUCACCGAGACGACCGCGACCGUUCACGUUCCCCACGCAAGCACCGUUCGCGUUCUCGCGACCGCUCUCGAUCGCCCGAGCGUGAGAGAUCGCGUCGUGACGAGGACGACCUGUACCGCCCCGACGACCGCCGAGACCGCGACCGCGACCGCGACCGCGACCGGGACCACGACCGAGACCGCGACCGCGACCGUGACCAUGAUCGCCGGCCCGACAGGCGGUCGAGCUUCUCCUCGCGCGGCCGCGGCGGCGGUGGAGGCAACGGCACCGGUGGAGGACCCAUGAACGCAACACCGGAGGAGGCCGAGGCCCACGCGAGGGUCAGCAAGCGCGGCAACCGCCUCUACGUCGGCAACCUGUCUUACGACUGUACAUACCGUGACCUCUCGCGGUUUAUGAGUGGAGCUGGCGGCGACGUCGUUUUCUCAGAAGUGCUGGUUACACCAGCUGGCAUGUCCAAGGGCUGCGGUAUCGUCGAGUUUGCGACCAACGACCAAGCAAGGCGAGCCAAGGCUGAACUCGCCGACCGACCGUUCAUGGGCCGAUCUGUCUUUAUCCGCGAGGACCGCGAGGAGACGGCGCGCUUCGGCGCCGCCUCUAUCCCCGGCAAGAUGGGCAUUGCCACCGGCGAGGCUCGGACGUUCCUCGGCAACCCUGGUCCGGCCGGCAACCGCCACGUCUUUGUCGGCAACGUCCCCUUCCAGGCGUCGUGGCAGGACCUCAAGGACCUGAUGCGCCAGGCCGGCGAGGUCAUCCGCGCCGACGUCGGAUCCACCGCCGAUGGGAGGCCCAAAGGCAACGGCACUGUAGUCUUUGCCGACCCCGAGAGCGCGCGUGGCGCCAUUCAAAUGUUUAACGGCUACGACUGGUUUGGCAACAUUCUCGAAGUGCGCGAGGACCGGUUCGCCAACAUGCCCUUCCGUGGCCGAGGCGGGUUCCGCGGUGCUCCUGCCUUUGCGCGCGGCGGCGGGUUCGGCAUGCGCGGAGGUAUGCGCGGCGGGUUUGGCGGCGGUGGAUUCGGCGCUGGAAUGGGUAUGGGCGGCGGCAUGGGGAUGGGAGGAGGCAUGGGGAUGGGUAUGAGCGGCGGCAUGGGCGGCAUGAUGGGUGUGAACGGUGGCGGAGGCUACCACAACGGCGCUGCUGCCGCCGGCAACGGAUAUGGCUACGCUGUCGCCCAAGACACCGUCCCCGUCCCGGCUACCCCCAAGGGAUCCGGCCUCAGACCCGAGCCGGCCGAGCCCAGCGCCCAGAUCUGGGUGCGUAACUUGCCAUGGUCGACGACAAACGAGGACCUCGUCGAGCUUUUCGAGACGGUCGGCAACGUCGUCCUCGCCGAGAUCAUCUACGAAGGCGACCGAAGCAAGGGAGAAGGAAUUGUGCAGUUUACAGAAACGCAAGAGGCCCAGUCGGCCGGCGACAGGUUCAUGGCUUACAUGUACGGCAACCGACCCCUCGACGUCCAGUUUAACCCCAGCUGGCACGAGUUUGGCGCCGCCGCAGCUAGGGGCGGCCCGCCCGAGAUUGCGGGCGAGUAA